AUGAUGUCCCGGAGAAAUGUCCUCAAAAUCCUUUGCAUUGGGCUGAUGCUGGCUAUUGCCAUCACUGUCCUCCUGGUAUUUUAUACCAAGAGGACUUUACAAAAGUUGAUUUUGAGAAGUCUUCAAAAGGAGCUUCAUUUGCCUCUGUCUGAAUGGAAUAAGACAGUGAUAAAGAGAUUCUCUCACUUGGAGAUGGAUUUGCAGCAUCUGAAAGAAAGUAUGAAAUUGGGUAUGAAGCAACAAGAAAAUGUGGACAGCACAGUGGAGAGGGUGAAAUAUGAAGAACAUCCUGUUCAAAAGGCAUUGGAAGCCAAAGCAAGUGAGACCAAGGAGCACAAACCCAAAGAGAUACUCUUCCCAGACGCACAGCUUUUCAGGCAGUGGGGUGAGGUCCAGCAGAAAAAGGCUGAGAACUUUUUCCAGAAGUUUGGUUACAACGUUUGCCUCAGUAAACAGUUGCCCCUUAAUCGCAACGUCCCAGACACGCGAGAUUCCAUGUGUCUUCAGAAGGCAUAUCCUACACAACUCCCAUCCCUCGGUGUCAUUCUCAUAUUCGUGAAUGAAGCUCUGUCCAUUAUAGAAUGGGCUAUUACUAGUAUCAUUAACCACACCCCCUCUCAAUUGUUAAAGGAGAUCAUCUUGGUGAACGAUUUUAGCUUAAACAGAGAACUAAAGGCAUACUUGGACAAGAAAAUUAAAGUUUAUAACCAGAGGUAUCCAGGACUAGUGAAAAUAAUUUGGCAUACGAACAAAAAGGGUCUUGCUCAAGCACAUAACACUGGCAGGAAAGUGGCUAUAGCUGAUGUGAUUGUCAUCUUGGAUGCUCAUGUUGAAGUGAACGUUGAUGGUUGGGCAGAGCCCAUUUUGGCUUGGAUUCAGGAAGACCACACAAUGAUUGUGUCUCCUGUUUUUGACAACAUUCAUUUUGACACCUUCCAAUUGGAGAAGUAUGCACUGGCAGUUGAUGGGUUCAUUUGGGAACUAUGGUGCUGCUACGAUCCUCUGCCAAAGGACUGGAUUGAUCUGCAUAACGUCACUGCUCCAGUGAAGAGUCCCUCCAUCAUGGGCAUCCUGGCUGCCAACAGGAUCUUCUUGGGAGUGAUUGGAUCUCUGGAUGGUGGAAUGCUGGUCUAUGGAGGAGAAAAUGUGGAACUUAGCUUGAGGGUGUGGCAGUGUGGAGGGAGCAUCGAGAUCUUGUCCUGUUCCAGGAUUUCUCACCUGAGACACCACAAGCCCUAUGCCUUGGAUCUGAGUCUUGCCUUGAAGCACAAUGCUCUGCGAGUGGCUGAAAUCUGGAUGGAUGAGCACAAAUACGUGGUCUACAUGGCUUGGAACAUACCUCUCCAGAACACUGGAAUCGAUUUUGGAGACAUUUCUUCCAGAAUGGCACUCCGGAAGAAACUGAAAUGUAAAACUUUUGACUGGUAUCUGAAAAAUGUUUAUCCAAACCUGAAGCCAAUUCACAACAUUGUGGGCUAUGGAAGAAUGAAAAACACAUUGGAUGAAAAUAUCUGCCUAGAUCAGGGACUUGUUUCAUCCAACACCUCCAUCAUGUAUUACUGUCAUGAAUACAGUACACAGAAUGUCUACUAUCACCUAACUGGGGAGUUCUAUGUGGGACCACUGAUUGAAGAGGCAGAUCCUGAUGAUCACUGCCUGACAGACCCUGGCAAUGGGGAGAAGCCCACUUUAAAGCCAUGUUCCAAAGUAGCCCAAAACAGACUGCACAUAUAUUGGGAUUUUAAGCUGGGAAGAGCUGUCAUGAACAGAGCCACCAAGCGAUGUCUGGAGAUGAAGAAAGACACUUCAGGCAUCUAUGUGCCUGUGCUCCAGACCUGCACCAUACAAGUGUGGACAAUACAAUAUACUGUGUGAAAAUGGGGGUCAAACUAACGUCCGGGGAUCCUCAGCCUGGAUUCAGAAUACCAGUUCUUGCCACUGGAAUGGCUUCUACUCCUAAUGCUGCUCAAAGCGGCAUUAGUGGGGAGAAUGAGAAGUGGAAAAUAUGUGUGUGUUUAUUAUGACUUCAGCCUGCAACACACAGGAUGUGGGGAGAUGAGGUCCAUGCAUGUGUCGGGAUGUCCAGGCUGCAGCUUCUCCCCCAGGUCCUCUUGGAAAUUCAUGAUAUAGAUCAAAUGCCAUUCUUGGAAACUCCUUGAAAUAAGCACCAUCAUCUGGCUGCUAUGUGGGGACAGAACUAGGCGGGUGGAAGUCUAUCGUUGACUUCUGCCAACACUGUUUAGUCUUCAUUCCUGACAACUACUAUUGCCAUCUGCCCCACACAUCCUCCCCCAGCCCAUCUGCUCAGAGACUCCCCAGGCAGUCUGGGGGCUGCUCCACAGGAGAGGCUGGGUCAUCAUGAGGCUGGCAGCAUGACAGUUCAGGUGGCACCAAUUCUCUGAAGGUGCG